ACUCCUCCCAGGAAAAAGAAAAGGAUAGCAUCAAAGCUAGCGGAAAAGCCGCAGCGAGGAAACCCUACGCACCAUCGGUUUAUUGAGCGGCGGCGCGGCGGAGAUGGAGACCCAGACGAUGAGCACUGCAUUUGCAGAGUUCAAGAUCUACACCAGCGACAGCGACGGCGAGGUCGGGAGCAGUCGAAUUCGUGGGGCUUCGACCCGGAAGGAUAUCGGGGCAAAGGGGGCACCGCGGAAGAGUCGAGCUCUUCGCGAUGCGAACCGGGUCGAUGCAAGGACUAGGACGGAGAGGCGCGAUGGGAAGAUAUGGAAGAAUCCUCCACCUGCUCCUCGAGGCGAGGAGGAGGAGGAGGAAGAGGACGCGAUCCCCAUGUUCCGUAGAGCCUGGGAGACCUGCUUCGGCGGAACUUUCGGUUCCUUCGACGACGAAACCACUCUUGCUCCGAUGCGCUAUACAUAUGGAUCCGUCCCAGAAAACGCCGGUCCUAGCAGCACCUUGCAGAUCUUCUCCAUCAGAGUGGCUAGCCCAAAACAUGGUCUCUCUUGGCCACUUCAUGUCUAUGGCUUCGUUGCCACCAGAGACUCAGCAGAUCAUAAUCGCAACUUUCUCUUCAGACGCACAAGGAAUAACUACCAAACUCUCACCCAAAAGAAUCCAGGUUUGCUGUUAACAGGCCCAUCUCGGGCGAUUGUGCUAUCCAAUCAGAUCACGUUUGAGGUUCAACUAAAAGUCAAAGGCAGCAAAACAGAAUCUGAAGAUGAAGUCUUGACUUUCAAAGUCUUCGAUUUCCACCAAGGGUCUCGUGGUGUGGACGGUAUCCGCACAUGUGUCCCCUGCAAGCGCUGCACGCUUCAGUUUGUGUUCACACCCUUGCUCUGUUCAGUUGAGGCCACCGUCAACAUCCAGCUUGUUGAUGGGUCAUGGCCUGAUAAUUAUCAUGGACGGGUUUUCUCGUGCACCAGUGGUGUAGAAAAUGCGAAGGUGAUGCUGCUUGACUGUCCAGAUACAAAAAUGCCCGUCGAUUCAGACGGCGUGUUUGAGCUGUCCAGGCGUGUUGUUUCCGUGGAGUUCGGCGGGAGUGAUAAGCUGAUGGUCUAUGUGCAGGCCCGUCGUGUUGGUUUUCUUACAAGAGCUGAGGCUGUCUUCGAACCCAAGAAAUCCGGCACGAGUAUUGGCACAUGUGAUCUUCGUUUCUGCAAGAUGCAGGUCACUGUUGCCUGGUCCAUACCCUCUCUACCUUGCCACAGAAUGCCGGUAGCAUAGGGGUUGUCCAUGCGGGUAAUGCUUGAUGGUGCUUAAGCCUUGGAUUGGAGGAGGUGCUCUUUGUUUAGUACAAAAUGUCAACUCUCUUAUGUAACCAUUUUCAGUCAGUGUUCGCUAAAUAAUUUAUGGUAUCCAAACUGCAUACGUUUUCGUUUAUUUUGUCAGAUGUAAGCCUGUGCUUUCCCAGCUGUGUUGUGAACUUGUGAGAUAUAAGCUUGUGCAUACUUUGUCGUUUA